CUCAUGCUGGGAAGGAGGUGGAGCUCAGCGUCCGCUCAGUCUACCUUGGUGGUGGUGGUGCAUCAAGUGGGACCUUGUGUAUGGAGUUACACUCAAGUACCGAGGAAAAGUUGUUUUUAAGAGGGAACUCACUCCCAUGACAUUUAUCAGCUUCAAGGUUUCUGCAGAGGGGAUUCCAGGCAACUCACCAUGUUCAGGGCAGUGCUAAAAAAGAACAGAGAUGGAGGCAAGGCCAGCAAGAAGGAGUCAGGAGAUAUUCAUAGCCACAGCGCCCAAAGAAGAUUCCCACCUGAAGGAAACCCUCAGCUCCCCGGCCUUGGCAGCGGCCACCCGAAUGUUCCAGAUGAUGUUUUCAGACUAAGCCUCGCUAAGGGAGCGUCUAUGUCUCUCCCCUCUUCACCUCUUCUUCCACGACAGUCCUACAUGUUGCCCUUACGACAGAGCAAAAGAUCUCCAGGUCCAGUCAGGAAGCCCAAGUAUGUGGAGAGUCCUCGCGUCCCUUCUGAUGCCAUUGUUUCGGCGCUGAGGAAAGUGGGUGACAAGAAGGAGUCCGCCCACAAUGAGCUGCAAACAGAGAAACAGCCAAGCUCCUCCUCCUCCUCCUCCUCUUCCCCCGCCACUCAGGAACUGAUGACAAGGCUGGGCUUCUUACUGGGAGAAGGCAUCCCAGGUUCGGCGCGCAUACCCAUGGACGAGAAGAAUGAAAAGAAGUGCUCGAUGACAAGCCAGGGUAUCAGCCCCUGUUCCACACUAACCAGCAGCACCGCAUCGCCCUGCACUGACAGCCCAUGUUCCACACUCAACAGCACCAUAAGCCGCCCCCCUCUCAGUCGCGCCAGCCCUUGCGGAACCAUCACCAGCCCCAGCUCCACACUCGAGAGUAAGGACAGUGGAAUAAUAGCCACUAUCACCAGUUCCUCGGAAAAUGACGACCGCAGCGGCUCCAGUCUGGAGUGGAGCAAGGAUGGCAGCCUGAGAGGCAAUGGCCGCCAUGGCCUGGCGCAGACAAUGCGGGCUGACACCUGCUCUCCUGUGGCAGAAGAAGACUCCAACAGUGCGUCUGCCACUUCGCCGGACAACACUGCCAGGAUAGACCAGCAGCAGCAGCAGCAUGGUGGAACAUCGGCGACGGCGGGUGUCGGAGCGCCACAAUCAUCAUGUCACAUGUCAGAGGGAUUAAAUCAAUACUCCCAACAGACAUCCUCUCUCCUGAUGAUGCCGAGGCCCAACUCUGUAGCAGCGACCAGCUCCACAAAGCUGGAAGACCUGAGUUAUCUCGAUGAACAACGCAACACACCCCUGCGGACAUCCAUUCGCCUCCCUUGGCACAAUACAGGCGGGAGGCCACCUCAGGACUCUAAAGGUCGUUUCUCUCCUUACAAGCCUGUGGACAUCAUGCUCAAGCCUUUAUUGUUUGAGGUGCCAAGCAUCACCAUGGAUUCUGUGUUCGUGGGCCGGGAUUGGCUUUUCCAGAAGCUGGAUGAUGUCUUGAAGGGCAGCGAGUCCACAGAGAGCCACGGCGCAGUGGUGGUGGGCAGUGUGGGUUACGGGAAGACGGCUAUCAUCUCCCGGCUUGUGGCAUUGAGCUGCCAUGGCGGACGCAUGCGGCAGAUUGCAUCUAACAGUCCCAGUGCCUCCCCUAAAAGUGGCGGAGGGUCAAGCUCAGAACUUCCUCUUAGCCAGCCACCACAGCCCACUCCACCUUCCAGUGCUACCAAUACAUUAAGAACCAACAGCUGCCCCGGGACCCCCGAAAUCCAGCGACGUAGGGAAGAGGCUGUGAAACGGCUGGCCGCUAAGGUUGUGGCAUAUCACUACUGCCAAGCAGACAACACUUACACUUGUUUGGUACCGGAGUUUGUGCACAGCAUCGCCGCUCUGCUGUGCCGAGCACACCAACUUAACGCAUAUCGGGAACUCUUGCUGAAAGAGCCUCACCUUCAGAGCAUGCUCAGUCUGCGCUCCUGCGUUCAAGACCCUAUGGCUGCUUUCCGGAGAGGCGUUCUCGAGCCUCUGGGCAACCUUCGUAAAGAAAGAAAGAUUCCAGAGGAGGAUCUCAUCAUCUUGAUAGACGGACUGAACGAAGCUGAAUUCCAUAAACCAGAUUAUGGAGACACUAUUGCCUCCUUUAUCACCAAGAUCAUACCCAAGUUUCCUCCUUGGUUAAAAGUGGUGGUCACUGUCCGAGUCAGCUUACUGGAGAUCACCAGCCUUCUGCCCUUCUCCAAGAUCUCAUUGGAUGAUUUUGUGGACAAUACAGAGAUAAGCAAUGACCUCAACGCCUAUAUCCAAUACCGCAUUACCGGCACCAAGGAUAUCAUGAACAACAUUAGUCUCAAUGGUAAAGCGGAUCCGAUCACCAUCGGAAAACUCAGUAGCCACCUGAUCUCCCGCAGCCAGGGUUCCUACCUGUAUCUCAAACUCACCCUGGAUCUAUUCGAGAGGGGCCACUUGGUAAUCAAGAGUUCCAGCUACAAAGUUGUGCCCGUCUCGCUGGCUGAGCUCUACCAGCUGCAGUGCAACAUGAAGUUCAUGACAAACUCGGCCUUUGAGCGCUCGCUGCCGAUCCUCAAUGUGGCACUGGCCUCGCUGCACCCCAUGACCGACGAGCAGCUGUUCCAGGCCAUUAAUGCCUGCAACAUCCAAGGCGAGCUGCACUGGGAGGACUUCCAGCAACGCAUGGACUUGCUCUCAGGCUUCCUCAUCAGACGUCGCGACAAGACGCGUAUGUUUUGCCACCCGUCCUUCAGAGAGUGGCUUGUGUGGAGGGCGGAUGGAGAGAGUACGGACUUCCUCUGCGAUCCGAGGACUGGUCACGCUCUCAUUGCAUUCAUGCUGUCCCGUCAAGAAGGGAAACUGAAUCGACAACAGACCAUGGAAUUGGGACAUCAUAUUCUCAAGGCACACAUCUUCAAGGGCCUAAGUAAAAAAACGGGCGUGUCCUCCAGUGUGCUGCAAGCUUUGUGGAUCAGCUGCAGCGCUGAUGGUCUUUCUGCAGCCUUGGCCUCACUGAGAAACCUUUACACUCCCAACGUGAAGGUGAGCCGUCUGCUGAUGCUGGGUGGAGCCAACGUCAAUUACCGUACCGAGGUGCUGAACAACGCGCCGGUCAUUUGCGUCCAAUGUCACCUCGGCCACCAGGAGAUCGUCUCCUUGCUGAUGGAGUUUGGCGCCAGCGUUGAGGUUGUGUCUGAAAAUGGUAUGAACCCUUUGUGCUACUCGGCGGCAGCGGGACACCUGGGCCUCGUCAUGAUGCUGUGCAAGCGGGGGGCCAUGGUUGACCACGUCGAUAAGAGCGGCCAGUGUGCUCUUGUGCACGCCGCUCUCCGAGGACAUCCUGAGAUUAUCCAGUACCUGCUUGAAAUGGAAUGGAGCGCCGAGGGGCAGCAAGAGGACUGCUCUUUGAAGAGCAAAGCCCUGCAGCAGGCUUUGAUAGCAGCGGCCAGCAUGGGGCACACACAGGUUGUAAGGGGCUUGCUGGCAGUGAAUAAUGAGUACGCUGUGCAAAUUGAUAGCCACGACACUCUGUGGGGAGAGACAGCAUUGACAGCAGCAGCCGGCCGAGGGAAGAUGGACGUGUGCAGCUUUCUGCUGGAGCAGGGAGUAAUGGUGCAGCAGGUCAAUCGGCGGGGGGUGUCUCCUCUAUUCUGUGCCGUCAGGCAGGGACACUGGCAGAUUGCAGAGCUGCUGUUGCAGCACGGUGCAGACGUUAACAUCAGUGACAAACAGGGAAGAACAUUGCUGAUGGUGGCAGCCUGCGAGGGUCACCUAACCACUGUUGAGUUUCUUCUCUCGAAAGGUGCAUCUUUGACUUCCAUGGACAAGGAGGGGCUGACGGGCCUCAGCUGGGCGUGUUUAAAAGGACAAAAGAACGUCGUGCAGCUUUUGGUGGAGAAAGGCUCGGUCAUCGACCACACUGAUAAAAAUGGACGAACUCCGCUGGACCUGGCUGCUUUCUUUGGAGAUGCGGAGAUUGUUCAAUAUUUGGUGGAAAAAGGCGCGGUGGUGGAGCACGUGGACUACAGCGGGAUGAGGCCCCUAGACCGAGCCAUCGGCUGUCGGAACACCUCGGUAGUGGUCACGCUGCUGAAGAAAGGGGCCAAACUGGGCCACAGAACGUCUCCUUACGAUCGAUCAGGGAACGCCGCUUGGGCCAUGGCGACCUCCAAGCCUGAUAUCCUCAUCAUCCUGCUGCAGAAGUUGAUGGAGGAAGGGAAUCUGCUUUACAAGAAAGGCAAGAUGAAGGAGGCGGCUCAGAGGUACCAGUACGCUUUGAGGAAGUUUCCCAGGGAGGGAUUUGGCGAUGACCUGAAGGCAUUCAAAGACCUGAGGGUCUCUCUGUACCUCAAUCUCUCCCGCUGUCGCAGAAAAACCAACGACUUUGGGAUGGCCGAGGAGUUUGCAUCAAAAGCACUGGAGCUCAAACCAAAAUCCUAUGAGGCCUACUACGCUCGGGCACGAGCUAAAAGGAGCAGCAGGCAGUUUUCUGCGGCACUCGCCGACUUGCACGAAGCCGCCAAGUUGUGCCCCAACAACCGUGAGAUCCGUCGAUUGCUGUCCCGGGUGGAGGACGAGUGUAAACAAAUGCAGCGCGCUCAAACCAAAGGAAGCCUGGAAGGAACCACAAUGGCCGCCGCCUGCAGCCAAGCCUCAGGAGGUCCUGACUCUGACCAGGAGCACGAUGAAGAUCAGGAGGAGUCUUCUGAGUGGAGCCAAAGAGACAUCCCGGAAGACAAAGUCGAGCGGACGGCGGAAGCGUGUUGGUCGUUUAGUCGAGCGUCUGAAGGCGGCGGCGGCAGCAACGUAAGUCAUCACAACCCCGGCAGGCUUCCUCCUCAUCGUUACCCUCGGGAGCACCGUGAAGCCAUGACCCCCCAAGGUCUGGUGCUGCAGCCCACCAAGCAGGCCCAGAUCGUCAAGACGAACCAACACAUGAGCUCCAUGCAGGCAGGGGGCGGAGCUAAAUCCCAGUAUGCUCCAUCCAGCCCGUUACCUAGCCGUCACAUGUCAAGUAUGCUGAAACCCGGGCCAGGAAUCGACAUCAGUCCGCUCCCGACGCCGACUGACGGGAGCCGUGUGACUCACUGCGACGAGAGCCUGCACUCCUCUCAGGCGUCAAAGAUUCUCUCGGCGCAUUCCGCCUCGUCUCUGGACGUGUGCUCCGGUCCUGGUCCGCAUCCCGAGUCCGGCAAGGAUGCCAGCAUGCGCGUGUCCAGCUCCACCAGCAGCUUGGCCUCCAGCAGCAGCCUGUCAGACAGCGGUAAGCUAGGCCCGGAUGUCCGCUGCAAAGACAAGUCCAAACACAACCAGCAGGGCGGCGCUACAGCGGAGUACAAACCCAGACCCUUUAUGGGCGUCACGGACAAAACAGCCCGCUUUCAGCAGCCGGCAUCUCGCGGUCGCAUGGCCUCAGACGCUCCACCCGUCGACGGCGAGCCGCUUUAUGGCAAAGUGGCGAACUCUUACCACGAUCAGCACAGAGCGCCGAAUACAACCGUCAUGGCCGCCAUGAGUAGCGUUCAAAAUGGCAUGCAACACGCUAAGGAGUACUCCUUCUGCCAAGCUGCCAACUGUUACAAAGAGUCCAAGCCGGUGCUGCAGCACGCCUUCAUGGACGCCAAGUCCAAGCAGGGCGCCAACCCCGCCCUUCACAUCACGUCCAUGAAGCCAAAGCGAUCCUUUAUUGAGUCCAACGUGUAGACGAAGCAAGGAGAAAACUUCUGUUACAUGAUUGACACUUUGCACUGACAGUGGGCGGGGCUAGUCUUUAUGAGAGAAGAAACAAGACGUGGUCAUUCCUGUGUUCCAACCAGCUUUCUCCUGUUGUGUCUUUGUAGAAAUAUGUAACUUUUUCCAUCCUUUUUUUUUCAGUUUUAUGCACAAUGUUUAAAAAAGGUGUUGUAAAGGAAAAAGCACAUUUGUUAAAUAUGUUUGUACAGGAGAAGAAUCAGCAUUAACACAGACUUGAACGUCUCUUGUGUAUCUGCUUGUUUGUUGCUGUCUAGAUUAAUUUAUUUACCAACGGCUUCGAUGUAAGAGCAAUAUAUUUUAUAUAGUUAUUUUUGCACAGCUACUAAGACGUUUUCUUGUAUCUUAUUGGGUUUAAGUGCAUGCAUACAUUUCGCAGUUUACAUUAUAUCUCAUCGGGAGUGUCAUUCGCUCUUAAUUUCAUAAGGAUGUUCAAUGCAACUGCUCAAUGCCAUGUUUGAUUGUUUUUCAGUAUUGUGAGCUUUUACUAGCCGUGAUCACAUACUGUAAAAGGAGUUCUGCUGCCAUGGCAACCAUGGCUGAGAAAUAAAAGACCCGCUGAGGGACAACAAAUACG